AUGCCUCGAGACAACAACGGAGAAGUGUACGAGUACCGCUCGCUGGACGAGCUUGUACGCUACUCUGAGGGCAUCAUUGGACCGAGGACAACAGCAUACGGCCCAUAUGUCCGUCCAGACUUCUAUGGCGCCGUUGGUCAGACUCCACGACCACGUCUACCUAUUCAGAUACAUGGUAGAAAUGCACAAGCAGAGGAAAGAGAAAGACAGCGGGCUACAGCCACAAGAGUCUUGCCGGCACUUCGGAGGCUACAGACCAACUUGGCGACGCCAAAUACAAGCUCGCACCCAUCACCCAACCCUCCCCAGACUGUGGUAGUGUCAGCCACCCCAACUACCGCGCGUUCUGGCCGCUUCGCAAAGGUGCCCACUCUGUCGCCAAUCACUGAGAUUGACCCAGAGAGUACGCCACGAGCCAAAGGCCACACUGGCAGUGUCCCAUCGACGGCCAUCGUGACGCCAAGUCCCUUGGAAAGAAGAGGCAGCCAGACAGAGGCGCUCUCGCCAAACACACGCGAGAUGAAGAUACAGGAUUUCAAGGAGGGUGUUCGAUCGGCACGCCUCAAGCAAGAGGAGAGGAACCGGAACGCGGAGGCUGCCAAGGAGAAAUGA